CGGUAGGGAAAUUCCUUGAAUACUUUGCGCGGCCAUCUUUGUUUGAGAGCUUCUUGACCGCAACUGCUCGGAGUGUGGGGGCGAAUAGCAAGCCAAGGGGAGCGUCAACUGUGCACGUACACACAAGGAAGCAACACGAUCUACCUUAGAAGAGGAUUAUAAGUCCCGCCUGUGGCACCGAAAGUGACCAAUUCAAGACAUUGUGAUGUAGAAGACCUAGGAUGGCGAACUAGGCCCAUCAAAUUGUUGCUUCCCACUUUCUGUGUGCGCAGUGUGUAGACAAUGCAGGUGCCUUAUUGGAAAGAUCCACCGCCAUAUCCAGGACACUUGAGAAACUAUACACAGCCUGGUUACAGGCAAAGUUACUCUGGCUCUGAGGCCAGCACAGAUAUUUCUUUAUCCUCCAACGAGAAUCUCAGCACCUCGGCUCGUCAGGACCCCCAGGGGGAAGAAAACCAGGGGGGUUUGGCCCCCGGGCACUAUGACCCCGGGGACACCCUGGCUGAUGACAGUAUCCUAGCGCGGCUAGGUAUGCCCCCCUCUGUCGAGGUGAAAUCUACACGUGCUGGAACGUUUUACAUCACUGGGAGACCCCAGGGUGCGGCUAACACACCUGAGGACCUGCCCAUAGACUGUCAACAAAUUCAACCUUUACAAGGUCAAGGUCACUGGAAUGCAAUGGCAGCCAAUCAGAGGCUGACAAACUUGAUCCAAUCAAAAGACAACGACAGCGGAGGCAAGGGGAGCCCCGCCCCCACACGUUUGAGCUCAAGGGAGCAGCUAGGGGGUUACGUCAACGACCCCAAGACUUUAGGGAGCUGCUUACCCCCUCCCCCAAGAUAUCCCGGCCCUGCUGGGGGACACAGGGCAACAACCCCCCAGAAUCUGUACCCCCCUGCGCCUGAGAGCAGGCUCUCCCAGGAGAUGCUGGACCGAGCAGGCUUGUCCAGGUCGCAGCAGGAUAUUACAACGCAGUACUCCGACAUGAAGAGGAGGGUCGCGGAGGGCAUAGAGGUCAGAGGUCAAGGUCAAGGUGCUUAUCAACAACAAGGCUGCAGACAGGAGCCUGACCAUGCUGCUAUAGCAGAGAGAGCUUCCCAGCUGGUGGAACUCCUUUCUAAUGAGAACAGAAAGCUGAAGGAGGAGCUGGAGGGAUACUACAAGAAAGUCUCCAAGUUACAGAAGUUUGAGCUUGAAAUCCAGAAGAUCCAGGAGGACCAUGAAGGCCUGGUGAAGUCUUCCCACAAGAGGGAGCAGCUGGAGAAAGCCAUGAGGGUCAGGAUGGAGGGAGAGGUGAAGAAAUUACAGGAGGAUGUCAAAACACUCAGAGGUCACUUACAGCUGGCCCAAGCACAACUGACGACACAUGAGUCUUCACAGAGCGACGCACAGGUCAAACAGGAACUGGAGAGGAAGGAGGCUUCCAUUAAUAAGUUAUUAGAACAGAACAAAGAAAUGACUGCAGCAAAAGAGCGACUAGACAUAGAGCUUGCAGCACAGAGGUCGACAUUACAAGAACAGAGAAAACAUAUAGACAUAUUAGACAAUGCCCUCACCAAUGCACAGGCCAAUGUAGUCAGACUGGAGGAGGAAUUGAAGAAAAAAGAUCUUUACGUGGAAAGAGUCGAGCAGUUGCAGAAGGCCCUAACUUCAUUACAAACAGCUAAUCAGAAAAGAGAACAGAUGGAAAAGAGUCUGAGAGAAAAACUGGAAAACGAAAUCAAGAUGCUGAAAUCUCAAAAGAGAGAGUCAGGAUCUUCAGUUGAAUCUUUUCAUGAAGACACAAUAGCAACACUUACUACAGAUCUGAGAGCAAAGGAAGAGAAAAUAUUAGAUUUAGAAUCUCAACUCUCAAAUUGGGAACAGAAGUACUUGGAAGAGAUAGCCAUGAGAGAGAUUGCCUUGGAUGAGGCAGCUACCCCAAAGGAUGCUCGUAUCGCUGCGCUGGAAACAAACACGUCUGAGAAUGAAAAGCUGUUAGCAGAGGCUCAGGUGGAAAGGUUGAAAAGUAUGGAAGAGCUUUACAAGACUAACAGGCGCUGUGCCGAACUGGAGGCUAGAGUCAAGACUCUGCAAGCACAAGUGGCUGAGAAAGAUGCAAUGGUUCGUGUGUUACAAAAGUCUGCCAGUCGCAGCAGCAGUUACGCCAGUCUAUUUUCCUCUCCCCGCCAUAGUCCCCGCCCCUCUGUCACCUCGCCCACCAAUAGCACGACUAGCAGCCGACAGAAUAGCCAAUUGGACACCAGUAUGCCAUAUUUGUCCCCCAAACAUGCCAAGUCAGCCAGCACAGAUAUUGCCAGUAGCACCAAUGAAAAAGAAUCUACAGGUUUAACAAGACCUUCAUCAACACAGGCAUUAGUCCCAGUGUCUCCUGAAGCUCCACAGGACCAUGUGUCUCAACACUGUUGGCAGGUCUAACUGACAGGAUGUAGCCAGUAGAUUUCAACUGUAUAGACUAGCCAGCAGUUUAUCUGUCUUGACUAGCCAGAAGAGUUCAACUGUGUAGACUAGUCAACAGGCUCAGCUGGAUGAAACACAUUAAAUGUGACACUGGUCCAUACUAAACACCACUGCAGGGUUGACUUUUGAUGUGGAAUACUUGUCUUAAUUUGACUUUUCAUUGAAGGAUUUUGUUUUACAAUUGUCUGGUACAAAUCCAAUUCAGUUUUGUAUCAAUAUCCAUCUAUCAGUAAGGGUUUCAGUCAGUUGCUCUGAGAUUCAGAACAGUUUUUAUUCAGCAAAGGAAUUUUUUCAUAUCAAACUUCAACCCUUGGUGGCAAUAUGGAGCAGGUUUAUCUCAUUGGUGCUUACUUGGUUAUUUCCUAUGCAAUAUUUAUAAUGGGCAUGUGCAAGAGGAAACUGGAAAGUGGCUUUUCUUGAAUGCAGCGACAUCUAUGUAUUUUUGAAAGCAGAGCUUGCAAAUUUUUAUGAUUAUUCUGUAGUUUUUCAUUUUUCAUGAUCCUUUUUGAAAAUGUGCUGGUUCUUCUAGCUGGGUAACUAUUAAUGAAGGAAAUGAAUUUGUGUAAUUUCUGGUAGUGUAAUAACUGGCAAAGCUAGAGAUUAUCAAAAAUAAAGUCCCUUUUCAGUUCAUAUCUGGCAGGAUUAAAGUGGAUUAAGAAAAAGAACUACACUUUUAAGCAUAGUUACUCAAAGAAAAUCAUUUCAUUAGAGCACUUGACUGUGACCGGCAGUGGAGAACAUGAACACUUAUAUUUUUCCACUUUGAUGAACUUGCCAUGGCAUACAAGUGUAUUCUUACAUAGUCUAUAAUGAACAUUGGACUUGAAUGGUAACCAGAACUCUGGAGUGUUCAUGUCUGAGCUGCCUUGUUGCUACUGGAAACUAAGUCCAAGCCUCAGUUUCACAAAAUGACUAAGGUCAGUUCCCUGGUUUAGUUGAGUACGAUUUUCACGAGAGUGCUCUUGAUAGGUAAAAUGUAACCAUGUAACCUUGGUAAUUAAGUUCUUAGCCAAGGAACCUGACUUUUAAGUUUUUUUUAUGAAACUGGGGCCAAGUCAUCUGCAUAACUCACAGCAUAAUCUGAAUAUUGUGUUUCUGAUCCAGUCCUCACUGCUAAUGUUUUGAGUUUCUCAAAUAGUGAAAGUAGAUGUUUGCUAAGACGGAAUACCAAUAGGCCGUGGCGAGACAUACGUGUCUGAUUAUGUGGUGUCAUGUAUAUUUAUACAAGGGGGGGGG